AUGGAGAAACCAAGAUCUUCAUCUUCUAAUCAAAAUGCCACCGUCGACAACCAAAACUACGUAUCACUAUCACCACCGUCGUCUCCACUUCAAAACCACCACCGUUACCGCCAAGAUAUAGCUACCGACUUCUUUUCUAUGUACAACUCCAUUUUCCCCCCAAACUCUCCUCUCCCUUAUUCCCUGUCCCUCACGCCUUCCUCUUGCUCUUCCUCGGAUGACCUCCACCUUGAUCUCAAGUUCACGUCAGACGCCACAGCCACCGAGCACCGCCUCAACCAGGCUCGUCUCAUCCUCGAGUAUCGGCAGCUAUGUGACCACUACGAGCUUUGCUUUACGCGCCUCCAAGCUCUCAUUAGAGAGCUAGAAUCUCUGCGAAAAGAGAAUACGGAUCUUCGGACGGCCAACACUGAGUUGAUCAAGCUGUUGAGCCUGCACUCGUCGUCCCAAGCUGCCAUGAACAGAAACCUUCAACGCGAAGAGGUAUCGGAUUUGAACGUGAAAACAUGGGAGAGGAGGAGUAGUAAUGGUCAGAGGAAUUCGCUGCCGAAGAGCGUUUCAGUCAGGUCUAGUAGUUAUCUUAAGGUCAACCAACAGCAAGGUUCGAGCAACCAGCAGCGAGUCUUCAACCCGUCGCGGCGAAUGUAUGUGCCACCUGAAGCAAAAAAAGAGUUAGAGAAUGCAAUGGAAUUGGAGGUAUACAAUCAAGGCACGGUCAAGACGGAGCUGUGCAACAAAUGGCAGGAGACAGGCACAUGCCCCUACGGCGACCAAUGCCAGUUUGCCCAUGGAAUCACCGAGCUACGUCCAGUUAUCAGGCAUCCAAAAUACAAGACCGAGGUUUGUAGGGUGGUCCUCGCCGGCCAGGCAUGUCCCUACGGCCACAGGUGCCACUUCCGUCACUCUCUUACCGAGCAAGAGCGACUACUAAUUCCACGUUAAUUCAUAUUAUUCGGCUCAAAGA